UGAAGAUUCCGCUACAGGUAGCGAUAUCAUAUGAAGAAUUUCCUCCCCAUUAUGAAAAAUGCGCUUCCUCUCGGAUUAUAUUUACCUUGUAAAAGUUUUGAUUCGUUUCUGUGCACCAGAUUUAUUUACAAUUAAACCGGAUAGAAAAUUUUUUACUCAUCAAUCAUCUAUUAUCACUGGAUGUAUUAUCUGGUUAUUUGAAUUAAUUUCAAAUAUUUAUACCACUGUAAUAUUAGAGCCAAUUUUAAAUUGUUUUUCAUUAUAUCUUGGUGGACGGAAAAAUUUUGGUCGAACUCUAGUAGCGCUUGUUUUAACUUAUUUAUGCUUAAUUAUUAGCUUGUUGUACAUGUAUCUGAUACCUCGACGUCUUUCUAUCCUAUAUUCAUGUUAUAUGUACUUGGAGUAUAAUUCACUUAAAUGUAGUGCAUACUGGGAAGGUUUUUGGCUUAUUUUGCAUUUUUUAUGCAGUCAUUUAUUAAUUAUUAAUGUAUACUUUCAUUACUUAUGCGCUAUAUUUAUUAAUCCUGGUACUGUUCCAAACAUUCUUCCAUCAAUUAAUCAUUUAAAUCAUUCUUAUAAUAAUAAUACUGUGUGUACACGUUGUUUUAUUGCACGUCCUAUGCGAGCGCAUCAUUGUGUUGUCUGCAAAAAGUGUAUUCUACGCAUGGAUCAUCAUUGUCCAUGGACAGCUAAUUGUAUUGGCCUGUAUACCCAUCGUCAUUUCUAUUUAGUAUUAAUAUAUAUGAGUAUUGGUGGAAUAUACUUACUAACUGUUGGUUGGUCAGAUUUUAAAAGUUAUCUAACUGAAGAGAAACAACAUCAAAUAAAUGCGACUGCACAAUACUCUCUGAGUGAAUCAAAUAAAUUUAUGCAUAUACCAUGGAAGGAAUUUUUCAAUCAAUUAUUCAAAGCAUGCUUUAAUUUCGGUUUUAUUGCAAUACCUUUAGUAUGUGCUCUUUGUGCUUGGCAUACUCGUCUGAUUAGUACUGGAGAGACAAGUAUUGAUCGACAUAUUAAUGCUAAAUUUGCACGUGUACUUAAAGAACGAGGUGUACUAUAUCGUAAUCCGCAUGAUUUUGGCUUGUUUUUAAACUGGGUGAAAUUUCUUGGUCUUAUUGAUAAAUGUGAUGCAGAUUUUGUAAAGAAAAAGCAGAAGAAGGAAUCUUUCCAGUUGUAUACUUUUCUUUGUAAGCGAUUUUUCUCUCGUGUUCUACUGCCUUCUUUUCAUCCACCUUAUGAUGAUGGUUUCAUAUAUGAGUUGAAUUUACCUACCGCUGAAUCUGUUAUACAAUCACUUGCAGAAUCUGGAAUGUCUUAGCUGCAGAAAGGUGUUUGUAAGGUGUGAAAGUUAUUGAAGCUGUCUAUGAUAUGGACCACACACACACACACCUGUAUUAUUUGCAGUAUUCAGCUGCUUAACUCAUACACGGUACCGAUAUCGAAGGGUUACUGUAAUAUUGAAGUUCGGACACUUAUGCAUUGGAUCUGAGCAACAUAAAAUACAGAUCGCUUAUUGGUACAAUUUACAGGAUGCAGUAUCAAGCAGGAUUGCUCAAUUAUCUUUGCACUAGUGCUGUUUAUGGUAUUUCUUGUCUAUUAUCCCAGUGAUGUAUACAAUUGAAGUAAAA